CCUGCUUGGCUGAGGGGCGGAGACGGUGGCGCUGGGCCUUGGCGGCUGCUGCUGCUGCUCCUCUUCCUUCGCCCGCGAGCGGUUUGCGAGUCUCCUGGGCUUCUUUUUUUUUUCUUUCCUUUUUCCUUUUCUUGGGGGCUGAGCGGAGAAGAGCCAAGAUGGCGGACCUGGAGGACCAGCUCUCCGAUGAGGAGAAGGUGCGCAUAGCAGCAAAAUUCAUCAUCCAUGCUCCACCAGGAGAAUUCAAUGAAGUUUUUAACGUAUUUUUCAGAUGUUCGUUUGCUACUUAAUAAUGAUAAUCUUCUCAGGGAAGGAGCAGCACAUGCAUUUGCACAGUAUAAUUUGGACCAGUUUACUCCAGCUAAAAUAGAAGGCUAUGAUGAACAGGUAUUAAUAACAGAGCAUGGUGAUUUGGGCAAUGGAAAAUUUUUUGAUCCAAAAAAUAAGAUUGCUUUUAAAUUUGAUCAUUUACGAAAGGAGGCUACAGAUCCAAAGCCUCACGAUGUUGAAAAUGCAAUUGAGUCAUGGCGAAACUCCAUAGAAACAGCAAUGAGAGCAUAUGUGAAGGAACACUAUCCAAAUGGUGCCUGCACAGUAUAUGGAAAAACUAUUGAUGGACAUCAAACAAUUAUUGUUUGCAUUGAAAGUCAUCAGUUUCAAGCAAAGAACUUUUGGAAUGGUCGUUGGCGAUCAGAAUGGAAAUUCACAAUAACGCCUUCAACCACCCAGGUAGCAGGUAUCUUAAAAAUUCAGGUUCAUUAUUAUGAAGAUGGAAAUGUUCAACUAGUGAGUCAUAAAGACAUACAAGAUUCUCUAACAGUGACUAAUGAAACCCAAACAGCAAAGGAAUUUGUGAAGAUUGUAGAGGCUGCAGAAAAUGAAUACCAGACUGCUAUCAGUGAAAAUUAUCAAACAAUGUCGGACACUACUUUCAAGGCUUUGCGCCGACAACUGCCAGUUACUCGCACAAAGAUUGACUGGAACAAGAUACUGAGCUACAAGAUUGGGAAGGAAAUGCAAAAUGCUUAAAAUGAAUGUGGCAAAUAUAAUAAUUUUUUCUUCUGUACAAAAUAAAGUUAUUGCAAAGGUAUUCAAAAUUGUGAUGUAUCACCUUGGCCAUUUGCCAUUGAAAUAACUGUAAGUAGUUUGGUUAGAACUCAAGGCUUAGGUAACUUACUCUUUUUAUUUGUCCAUUUGUUUCUCCUUUACAAAGUUAUAAAAAAAAUCAGUGUAGCUGAAAUGUUGAGAGCUUCUGAUAUAUUUAGAUUUUUAUAAUGAUAUGCCUAUAGUUUUCAGUUAAAUUAAACAGUUUGAAAAAAAAUAUUUUUGCAUAAAAUUAUUCCAUAUUGCUUUGCUUUCAUGCAAAAGGCAGCUUACAAACACAAUUCCUUUGAAAAUAUUUUUUUUCUGGACAACAUGGAUUUUAACCAUGUAUACUGCAGAAAUAUUCUGCCCCUCCACUGUUUGAAAGCUGGAGAAAAGCAUUUCUAUAUCCAAUCCUAUUUAGUUAUUUAAAUAGCUUGAUGUUAACUUUUUUUUAAGCCAAGAUCUAAUUUUAAGAAGUUGAAAUUAAACAUUAGUGCUUAUGUUCAAAAUGCAUUUAAUGUUCCAUUUGACAGCACCUCAGAUGAGUUGGGAUUUUAUCAGUCAUCAAGUUAUUUUUAUCAUGCAGCCAUAAUUGUAUUAUAGCAAGGCAUAUUGUUAUAUAUAUGUAAUCCUAUACUCAUUGUGUGUCUGUCAGUUUUUUCUUCAAUUGAAAUGUACUAAAAAUCAGUGUGAAUUAAACAUGCAAAUUUUCUAUUUAGUUAUGAUUAUCAUUUCAAAUAUAUAUAUCUUUCAACAAGUUUAAGAAGGAAUCAACUUAUUGAACAUAAAAAGAAACAGAAGCCUAUAAUAAAAUAAUGAAGGCAGAGAUAAGGAGGGAAAUAGAUAUGUGUGUGGGGGAGUUUCAAUGGAGGCAGUCCCUUCUUUCAAAAAUGGCUUGGAUCUAGGUGGCAGUCACAUGAUGUUUUAUUUAAUGACCAACACAGCAACAGAAUUGCCAGUCACAAUUAGAGUUGUGGACCUUGUAAACUGAUUCAAGCUUAUAAUAUUGAUGGAGAAAAUUAAAAGUUUCCAUUUCAUAUUUACAAUUACAGAAGUAAAUUAAUGAAAUAAAGGAAAGGAUGAGAAAAUUUAAUAAAUCGCAGUAUAAUGAUGAGAUAAUGCAAGCAAAGAUAAUUGCUUCACUUCAUAAUUAUUUCAGUUCUGCUUUUUUAUUUUAAUUAUCAGAAGACUAUCAAAAUCAUUUCUUCAUAGGCUGCCAUUUUCUUUUCCAGAAUAUCAGUUCCUUUUUUCCAACUUACAUUGCAUAUAUGUUUUUGGGACUACUUAGGAAGCAGAACAGAAGUAAGAUGCUGCAAUAAUAGGAUUUGCUGGGCACUCUCUUCAUGAUCCAGGCACAUUUCUGUAUGAAACGGUUACAAUGUAUAGUUUUAUUUCCAUAUCACAUUAGGUACAAGGUGAAAAUCUAGCAAGAGAUUAGAUUUAAGUGUAUGAUUCCUAGGAAACUAUAUUUUCUAAUUAUUACAUAACAUCCCUCAAAUGUUGAUAUAUAUUGUAUAGUUUUGCAGAUUUGGUAAAAUAAAACACAGAAUAAAAAUAGUUGGUAGAGGAUGGCUUCUAUAUUAGGUUCAAUAAAUCUAUUGAUUAUUGAUCAUACAUGUAAGACUUAAUUAGAUCUAAUUACAUUCUUUGAUGAUACUAUAGCCACUCGUACCAAAAUAGUUAAUUGACCUCAAAUUUCGAUGGGAACUGUACAGAUACUGUGAGAAAUCUUAGUUCUUCAGUGCGAAUGUCGGUUAUAUAAGGAGAGGAGGCCGGUACUCCCAUUAUGAAAAUCCUUAACUAAAUAGUUCAGUGAAAUCUCCAAAGCAAACUAAAAGCAGGAAGUUGUAUUUGGAAAAUGCAUGGUAUUCUUUUUUGUACAAUUCUAUUUUACAGAACAAUAUUUCACAUUUAUCAUUAGAAUUGUAAUAAUGAAAUUUCCUAAAAUAAAGAUAUAAAUUAUC